AGAUAGCAAUUGCAACCACACGCUAUAUAAGUAAAUACAUACAUUCAUGUGUAGUACAUAAUAAAUAAACGUGAGUGCACAACAAAACAUAUUGAAUCUGUUGAAUGGAUACCAGCAGAGGAAUUAUUUCAUUGAGCUCCAAACUGUUGAGCUUUGUGCGCGUUUUCCGUUUAUAUUGGACAUUUGUGGCGCUCAUAGCUUUGUUAUUUUUAUAUUCAAACAAAUAUUUUAUUAUAAUCUAAAACUUCAACAGAUCAAAUAUGUACCAACGAUAAAAUCACGAUUCAUAUAAAAUUUUUGCGAUCCUGACAAAUUAAAAGUGAAAAUAAAAUGAUAUUUACAAAUCAAAGUAAAUAGAUGAGUGUAGAGAAUGCUUAACUAACUUUUUAUGACAGAGAUGCUCAACCAACGAAUUGAUGCCUUUCCGUUUUGUUAAUAUUAAAUAUAAACUUCGAAAUUGUUGACUUUGAAACCAUACGAACUUAUCGUCAACAUAGAUUUUAAUAUGACUGUUGUUGCCUUAAGAUCCCCUCCGAAAAGCAUGAGAGUAAGAAUAAAUGGGUCAUCGCUAGCAACACCAACGCAAACCAGUAGUUCAGCCACAGCAGAAAAACAACCACAUACAAAAACGAGCAGCACAGCAGCAGUAGCAACAGCUGGCGAUAAAUAGAGAAAAAGGUGAGACAGCCAAAAUGGAAACUGGGUCGGCAGUACAGACUGGUAUUGACGGACGCAUAAAUAUAAAAACGUUGAAAGGAAAUGAAGUCGAGAAAAAAAAAUGAGCAAUGCAAAAAGGAUUAACACUAAAAGUAACGCAUUAUAAGGGUGCGCCCGCAGUCUCCAACAACUUCCAUAUUGGAUAUGAAACUUACUCACGUAUCUAUUAUAUUUGAGCAUCGAUUAGGCUGCGCUGGCAGCUCAAACUACGAGAUCGACGCCCAACAUCAGCUACUUCACACCUUCGAGAAGUGUAGAACCAUUAGGAAAUUCAGCGAUUCCAAGGCGCUCUCAGCUUUGGAGGAACGCAUAAUCAAACUUACAACAGAGAAAACAAAUAACGAUGUCAGCACGUCAGAAUUUAGUACCGAGCUACAGGCGGAUCCCUUGCCGCAAAAUAUGGAUGCUACAAGUGUAAUGGAGCAGUCAAUUGAAAUAGUUUCUACCGACGAUGAAUGUGCUGAAAGUGGAAUUAAAGUAGAGGAAACUUCUUACAUUGAAGAUAGUUCAUAUGCUUUUGAAUCAGUGAGCUGCAAUCAGGGAAAGCGAAAAAGAAGAAAACAAUUGGAAAAUAUUCAAUUGGAUAAAUUAUAUGAAUUAGAGUUGAGAAAGUUAAGAGAAAUGGAAACUAGUAAUGAUAUAAAGCGACAACAACUUGAACUUAUUAAGAAGCAAACAACGGCAACAGAAGAACAGACGAAGGCUAUCAAAGCUAAUACCUUGGCGAAGGAAGCACUUAUAGCGAAACUGCAAGAUAUAAUUUUUGUUAAGAAAGCAUAGAGUUAUUUUUCAUACUGUAAACAUUAUACUGUACUUUUGUAAAUUUUGUUUUGAGAGAUAAUAAAGUUAUACAUAUGUA